GGGAGGAGGAGGAGGAGGAGGAGCAGGUGAAGGCGUUGUCUUCCCAUCUCUUCUUAAAUCGAACACAAGCAAAGUGACGGUCUUGAUCGAACAGGAGCCAACAGACGUCCACUGCCUUCAUUUGGCUUUUCAACCAGAACUAGUAAAUUGAAAUGGGAAAGGAAAAGACCCACAUCAACAUCGUGGUCAUUGGCCAUGUCGACUCCGGCAAGUCCACCACCACCGGCCACCUGAUCUACAAGUGUGGAGGAAUCGACAAGAGAGCCAUCGAGAAGUUUGAGAAGGAAGCCACUGAGAUGGGCAAGGGCUCCUUCAAGUACGCCUGGGUGCUGGACAAACUGAAGGCAGAGCGUGAGCGUGGUAUCACCAUUGACAUCGCACUGUGGAAGUUUGAGACCACCAAGUUCUACGUGACAGUCAUUGACGCCCCUGGACACAGGGACUUCAUCAAGAACAUGAUCACUGGUACCUCUCAGGCUGACUGCGCUGUGCUGAUCGUUGCUGCUGGUGUUGGUGAGUUUGAGGCUGGUAUCUCCAAGGACGGCCAGACCCGUGAGCACAUCCUGCUGGCCUACACCCUCGGUGUGAAGCAGCUCAUUGUUGCAGUCAACAAGAUGGACUCCACUACUCCCCCUUACAGCCAGGCCCGUUUCGAGGAGAUCACCAAGGAAGUGAGCGCCUACGUCAAGAAAGUUGGCUACAACCCUGCCACUGUUGCCUUCGUCCCCAUCUCUGGGUGGCAUGGAGACAACAUGCUCGAAGAAAGUGACAAAAUGACCUGGUUCAAGGGAUGGAGUAUUGAACGCAAGGAGGGCAACGGCAGUGGAAAAACACUGUUUGAAGCUCUUGACUCCAUCCUGCCGCCUGCCCGCCCCACUGACAAGGCCCUCCGUCUGCCCCUGCAGGACGUUUACAAGAUUGGUGGUAUCGGAACUGUUCCUGUCGGCCGUGUGGAGACCGGUAUCCUGAAGCCCGGUGUGGUCGUCACCUUUGCUCCCACCAACUUAUCCACUGAGGUGAAGUCUGUGGAGAUGCACCACGAGUCUUUGAGUGAGGCUCUCCCCGGUGACAAUGUUGGCUUCAACAUCAAGAACGUGUCCGUGAAGGAUAUCCGCCGAGGAUAUGUUGCUGGGGACAGUAAGAACAAUCCUCCCCAGGAGUGUUCCAACUUCACUGCACAGGUCAUCAUCCUGAACCACCCGGGUCAGAUCCAUGCGGGCUACAGUCCCGUGCUGGACUGCCACACAGCUCACAUUGCCUGCAAGUUCGCGGAGCUUAUGCAGAAAGUGGACCGCCGUUCCGGCAAAACAAUUGAGGACGCGCCCAAGUCUGUCAAGUCGGGAGACGCCUGCAUUGCUGUGUUGGUGCCUUCAAAACCUAUGUGUGUUGAAAGCUUCUCCGACUUUGCUCCACUGGGUCGCUUUGCUGUGCGUGACAUGAAGCAGACCGUGGCCGUCGGUGUCAUCAAGUCCGUCGAGAAGAAGGCCGCCAGCGGCGGAAAGGUCACCAAGUCUGCACUGAAGGCCGACAAGAAGAAAUGAAUUCCCAUGCAGGAGGUCCAACAAAAAGUCACGCCUCAGCAGCAGCGGGCCUCCCCAUCCCCUCUUCUUCCCUGCCACCCAGCGCCGUCUUCUCUGAGGCAGAGCUCUCUACUCAAGGACUGGCUUAUGCUGAUUAAAACCCAUCGGAAAAGUUUCCGCAGGAAAGGAAGGCUUUUGCCUUUUAGGGGAAACUAUGAUCAUAAUUAAGUUGAAACCAAAACAAUAAAAAUCUUAAACAUU